AUCAUGGAUUAUGGGCCUUCAUGGCUACUCUUUCAUCAUUUUGGAUAAUUAGUAACUUGGUGUCGUGUCCAAAACAUUCAAGAGAUAAAUUUUAGUAAAACAUAUAUCACAAAAAUAAAAAUAAAAAGUUACUCGUACUUUAUAAGGUUAAUAAUUAUUAGUCGGACAAUCUUAUAAUCAUUAAUGUUUUAACAGGAACAAGUUGAGAUCUAUCAUUCAACAGAUUUAAAAUAGCUUAUUAUUAUAUGAGGUGGAAACUAAGAACUACUAGAGUCAUUUUUUGUUUUUUUUCAUAAAUUUUUGAAAAGAUGUAAAAGGACAAAUGGGACAAAUAUUAAAUAAGGAGGCAAUCGACUAAUCGUUAUUCAUUAAUUAAAAAAAAAUGGUUGAUUACGAUUUGAAAAAUGAACGCGGUCAGAGAGUCAGCCCAAUUAAUUAACAGCAAUGUAACAGUGUAGAGAUUAGCGAGAUUGACUAAUUCAUUGUAUUAUUAAAUUGGUUAACUUGUCUCCCCCCCUAUCAGCUGGCCCCCACUUUUCCAUUCACUGUUUCACAUCUAAUUCACUCACCUUUACACCCUUUUUCUUCAAAUCUCACCAUUUUCACAAUCUUUCCCAUAUUCUCUCUACCCUCUUUUUUUCCUUUCAUUCUUCCUUUCUUGUUCAUAGAUUAGAUUAGAGAAACAUAAAAUUUGACAAAAACUUCAUCAAUAUAUUGGAUUUGGUUUUUUCCAAUUUGUUUGAUAACAUUAAAAAAAAAAAAAAAAACAUUUUCAAGCAUAAUGAGAAACAAAUACAACCAACACCAACAACUUCAACAAGAAUAUGAACAACAACAUCACCAUCAAAGGAGCAAGUUCUUGCCAAUGUUAUGCUCUUCAUCAACCAAACAAGUCAUUAAGCUUUCGCACCGGCGUAACGCCUCCACCUCUUCCUCCUCCUCCUCCACUGUCUCCGAUGAACCUUUGUCCCCUAGAGUUGGAUGCAUGGGUCAAGUGAAGAGGAACAACAAAGUGGUUGGAUUUCCAAAUAUGAGUUUUGUUAGUGGUUUUAGUACUAGUAAUACUAGUAGUCCCAAUAACAACAUGAAAAGUGAUCAGAUGAGCAGCAACUACAGCAGCAGCAACAGUAUUGUCAAGUAUCAUAACCUUAUAAGAUUCUUCUCUACUAAAAGCCUCACUAGCAGCCCAAAAACCGCCAUCGCCGCUGCUGCCGUGCCUAGGAAAGGGAAGAUCAUUGCAGGAAGAAGUACUAUAAAUAGUAAUAAUAGUAGUAAUAAUAGUAUUAGGAGUAGAGGAACAAGGUUAAAUACUAGAAGUGUAAGAGAUGAUCAUGGUAUUAUAAUAUCUAGAUCCAAGAAUGAAGGGAAUUGUGGUAAUAAUAAUGAAAGUAAUAAGGGUUGUUUGGUAAAUUUGGUAGAGUUGGAUCCGCCAUUGCCAGUAGUGAAGCAGAAGCAGCAGCAGGAGAAAAAUAAUAGCCAAAAUGCGAGUUUGUGGAAGAGAAGAUCAGGUGGAGCUCCAUUGAAGGGUUUACAGCUUCAAGUUUCUCAACAGAGUUGUACUUUAUUACUUCAGUCAACUACUGUAUGACUUCUGAGAGACAAAAAUUUGGAUGGAUAUAAAGUUGUAAAUGCAAUAGUUGGUUGAUUUUUUCCCUUUAAUUUGAAUAGGUUUUGCUCUUUUGCAAUAUAUAGUUUUACCGAAAGUACUGAUUCAAGUUUUUAUUAGUAAUGCAGUGCUCUUUAAUUUGUAUU